UCCUCAAAGUUAUGAUGUUCCACUGCUUCCUCGGCUGCACUUCCNCCUGGCACAAUCAAUCAGACCCUUCAGCCCAAACUACCUGCCUUCUCUCCUCGUUUGAAGACGACUUGACUGCAGACACAACCAACAUCAACGACAAAGACGUCAAGAUCUNNGACGAGACAAAGAGAAGCAACAAUAACAAGGAUACUGUUGCUACAGAAGACAGAAUGGAUGGAAUCUUGAAUGCCAUCGAGNAAGGAUUGUUUGGCCACACAACCGACCGCAUCUUCUACACCAACUCCAAUGACGCCGUCAACGAUACAACUACACCUCCCGCAGCAGGCGCCCACAUCUUCGGCAAUCCCACCGACAAGAUGAAGAGCCUUCCUUCUGGCUAUGCGCUGAUGCACAGAAGUCGCGGCAACGACACCAACCGCAAGGGAGACUUGCAUCUCUGGGNNAGUCAUCCGUCGGGCUUGGACUUCAACUUGGCCACAAAAUUUGUCAAGCAUCUCAAGUGGCUGAUUGGGGGACAAGUGGGUAACUGUGAUUGCCCUCCUUGCAAGAACCAGCGU